AUGCUGAAACCAUUGCUUUGAUUGGCAGUUAUUUUAACUUUAAGCAUCUGCUAUAACCAUCCAUACCGGCAGAUACAGCAAAGGCUUUAUAGAGGAAGCCAAGGAUCACACCGGAGAGAUUCAGAUUCUUUUCAGAACAGAUAUCAGCCGCAUCAGAAAUCUAGUAACUCUAUAGAUGUGAAAACUAAAAAGAAACAAGAGAAAAAUAACUUCAUAAAGCCAUAUCCUCUCCCAAGAAAAAGUGAAGAUGAAUGUUUUAACUUAAGCUACCCAGAAGAAACAGGAGAAGAUCUAAAAGAAAUUCUUGAAUCAGAAAAUAAAAACAUCGUUGUAACAGUCUGGUACGAAAACUUCCAAAAUGAAUGGGCUCAAAAUAUGGUAAACCAAGAUGUUCAAGGAACUCUUUGGAGAUGUCUUUGUGAAAACCAUCCGGAUAUCAUCUACUCCGAAGCAGAUAUCUCACAUUACAACCUAAAUGCUUAUACUUAUAUUGACUUAGCUAAGGAACUAGAAAUUGAACUAGGUGAACUUAAUGAUGGUCCGACCAUUGUUGUUAUGAGCAAUCACACAGGAAUGACUUUUAGAACAGAAGAAAAUCCUUUGAAAUUACUUAAAGCAACAGAAAAAUAUAUAAGACAGAUAGAAAAAGAGUUGUAUGGACUUGAGAAUCCAUAUUGUGACUUAAAGCAUCAAAUCCUGGCUGACAAUCACUAUGAAUACUAUGAUCCAAUAGAAAUGCUUCAAAUGUAUAGGCCACACAAAGAAGAAACCGCAAAGAAGGUUGGAAAGAAGCAGUCUAAAAGCCCCAACUAUCAAUUAUCUGAGCCAGAGAAAGCGUUUAGUUAAAAAUUAUUUUCAAUCUUUUCU